AUGGAACAAGUGUGUUCAAACUUGAGGUGCUCUGCGGUCAUCGCGAUCCCAGAGGGUCAAGAAGUAGCGUUGUUCGACCGCAAGUCAGUUUGCGAAAAGUGCUACGGCAAGCCGAUUUGCGCAAAGUGCGACCGUUUGUUGCACGCGCCAGUCCCGAUCGUCCCCGCAAGACAAAUUGUGCCUUAUUUAUAUGACGAAGCAGAGGAAGAAGUAAUCCGUACGUAUCUCCCGAGACCCAAGCGGGGCUACGCGAUCAGGCGUGUACAAGAGCCCGACGGGGAGGGUGAUAUGCGGGACGAGUACGUUUCUCGCCGUGUGGAACCCAAGAAGAGCAGCACCGAUGUCAAGCUGGUGAAGCGUGUCAAAAAACAUCAUCAUGUACUUAUGCGUAUUUUCCUCUGGACCACACUUUAUUUGCCAAAUGUCCGCAAGUAUGAUCCGAAGCCUUGCCAUAAACAGAACACUGCGGGGAAGAUAGGACACAACCGUAAGAUUCGUGACUGCCACUACGGGGAUGGUGUUACUUGGGUGCCUUGA